AUGUCUGUUGCCUCAAAAUCUUCCCAGACUGAUGUCUUGGAGUAUAUAAUCACCCACAUAUUCUGUCCCAUCAAAUUACCGCAGCACAGCGAUUAUACUCCUGACAAUGAUCGCUCCCUCCUUGAUGUCGUGCUAGGCUCAGCUCGCAAAUUUGUGAGUUCGUUGACCGACCAUGAUCAGGAGCAGUGGAGUCCUUCGUUGAAGAUGCUGGAGAAUCUUGCUGUUACGAUGACUUCUCCUUCCCUGACUGGGGAUGUUGUCGAGCCGCAAAUCAAAUCCAUGCAAGCAGGAGAUAUUCUUGCAUAUCUGAUUCGGGAACAAAAUGCCGCUGUCGUACUUCGUAAGCUCGACACGAAAACCAUCUUUGAAUCCUUCGAAGUUUCACCACCAGCAUCUGCUAUCAUGGAGGCAAAGGGGAAGCUCCUGUGUUCGUAUCCAGGACCCGCGAUCGCCGUACCAAACUCAGUGGUGGAUAACCCUACCUUUCCUCCUGAGUUGGUGAACUUUCUCUCGCACAUGAGCUCUGAUGGGUUAGAUCCCUCAGUUCCCAAAGGAGAGACUGUACAUCCUCGCUACAUUACCCAGCUUCUCACUGAUAUCCUUUGCGCGUUUGGCGAGCCGGCUGACAUCCCUCGUAUUCGAAAACGUAUAUGCGAUGAUGCGUUACAGUCCAACGCCACGCUCCCUUGGCGAAGAUCAUCCAUAUGGCUUGUCAUUAGGGUUGUAUUGCAGACAUCUCUCGAGCGCACAAGCCUUGGACGAAACAGUUACAAGGCUUUCAUGGCUUCUCUCAUGACCGACCUUGUGUCCGAAGCGCUUGAGGGGGAUAUGUCGAGUGAUCUGCUCUACUCCAUGUCCAUUAAAAUCAGUCGCCGCUUGGUCAAGCUUCAGGCCGAAGACGAAUUCUUAGCAAUUGCGAUGCACAAAGCUACGGAAGAUAUUAAAGACAAACUGGAGCUGCGCUGGAAGAAUGUUCAGGUGGCUCAGGCGGAUUCCCCUCAUUGGGAUGCCUCGGAUGUGCAUAUAAUCAGAGAUACCAGGCUCUCUUUGACCGAAAGCAAGGAGUAUAUUGCCUCUAUCCUAUAUCCUACCCAUGUCCAACCCAACGUGCUGGACUUUGAGCCGCAUCAUCGUCCACGGGGCACUAUUGACGACUUCCUUGGUCCUGACGCCAAUUUCUUCGAGAGCGCUUAUGCCGAAGACCCCUUUGUAGCACUUUCGGAUUUUGAAUGUACCAUUGAGCGGCACAUUGAUGGCUGGGUGAAUUGUGUCAUGAACCUUGAUGCUGCCCAUAUUGAUGCCGCUUGCAUGACUAUUCAAGCGCGCGCUAGAAGUUAUUCCACCAGAGCACAAUCAUUCUAUUCCGGAAAUCCUGAGAAUAUAUCCAUCAUGCUGCUCACGCUGUUCGAACUCUGGGUCGCACUUGAUAAGCUGGUUGUCGAGUCGAUCCCUCUCCUCAUGGAGUACUCCCCGGAGGUCCCAGUUGCCAUAUUCGAUCGCCUUCUCCUUCAAAAAGCUGCCGCUAUAGAGCGACUCCGAGUUCUUCAACAGUAUGUUGCUGGGCGUCACACCCACAAUGCACUCUCGGUCUUCUCGGAUGGGGCAGAUAUGUCCACGUUUGCAGUUCGUUACUAUAACCAAUCCGAGGAGCUGCAGUCAUGCAAGCAGCGCAUUGAAGACGAUGCAAAUGCAGAGCGUAAAAAACGAAUCGCAGAUCUUCGCCGCAAAAGCGACAGAUAUCGGUGUUUCACAAAAGAAAUUGACGCUCUCACGUGCGACUACUACACGAACUGGCGAGGUUGGUCCCAACAUGACCGUAAUUGCCGUCGGUGCGAGAAGCGGAGGGAGAGGGAUAACCUUUCUGUUGAAGUUCAUGAAUGGCCACUUCCUGACUCUGUCUACGAUGCAGCAGUAGUGGUAUUUGAGCUUGGUGCCCCGAUCGCUUUCAAGAUGUGGCGAUCUUUCACCUUCCAUUUUCUUUAUGACAUAUGCACCCCAACUUCACCACAGAUUCAAAGUGCGGGGCAGUAUAUCAUGCUCGCACAUUAUGGGCCGCUCUCACGUUAUCACGCAGAGCAUCCCAGUCAACGUAUCACACUGGCCUCCAUGACAGCGCCCCCCCGGACCUCCCCCAAAUCCCUUCCAUGCACUGAAAGUGACAUCUUCACCAACACUGUUAAUCAGCUGUGUUUCCUUCUUUACGAUACGACCUGUGAUGUUUGGGCCUCCGGUUCUUUUCGACAGGCUGACAUAUCCGAUAUUUGCACCCACGUGCUGCCACAAGGUCCAUAUCGCGGACUACAAUACUACCUGUCGGGUACCCAGCACACCUCCAAUGAGGUCUUGGCUAACCAGGCCACAUGUCAUGCCGAGUUGACGCUUCACGAAUUCAUCGCUUUUGGGGGCCUCCGUAGUGGCAGCUUUUUGCAAUGGAUCAACAUCCUCCGUGAAUUGCGAGCACGCACGCUCACAUUUCGUGAUCCCGCGGUCCACUUGCUACUGCUCCAGGCUAGUUCAGAGGUGGGAAAGCUUUCGGCCGACGGGUCUAGGGCAUGGCACAACGAACUGAAAGCCUCAGAAUUCGGACACGCCCUUAUUGAUGAGCUCCAAAGCUUAAAAGUAAGCGUGGAAGCCAAUUGGCUGGAGGGCACAACAAUGUCAACAAUCUCCAUCCUGGUGUCCCGCCUUCUCUCAUCAGCAGAUGAUUACCGCGUCAUCCAGAAAUCAUGCAAGUUACUGCAAGAUGUCCGAAAUACAACUUUCAGAUGGGUGCAAGAGCUAUCCAAAGCUGAUGCUCCAGACGAAAAGUCUAGUCGUGAACGCCAAGUCCGCGUUCGUGACAUGGCAGCAACUUGUCUCAGUACCUACGAUGUUGGCCCGGACAACAUCACAGAACUCCUCCAAUCGCCACAGAAUUUGGAGAUCCUGGUGUACUGUUCUGUUACAGUGACGGACAACGUGCCUAUAGAUCUCCACUCUCUCCCGAUAAUUUCAAGAUUACUUCUUGAACGCAACCGUCGGUUGUCACACUUCUUAGAGACCUAUUUGCGACACCAUGUGGAAGAUGACCAAGAAGGUCUUGAUUUGGCAAUGGGGCGUCUUUGGCCUGCAUACCAGCGCCACACGCCCUGGGAUGUACUUGAAUCUCCAAACUCUCGGUGGCUUAGAUGUGAAACAGCGCCUCCUGACGAUUCAUCCCGCCAAACCAUUCAUCUUGAUAUGUUGAUGGCUCGCCUAUUGGUUGACGGCAAGCCAUUAACCAGGCUGCCAGAUUGCUUUUUGCGGCAUCCUAGCUACAUCACCCUCUUCGGUCAUCAAGUGUUUGAUGUUUUCCCCACAAAGAUUCCCAGCAUGGAAUUUGUUGCCAAGGCUGUUAUGCAUCACUUCAAAAUAUUUUUCGGGAUGCGCAGCGGGGACGUUGUCAUUCAGUCACAACAUGAAAGUGGGGACUUUCUUGAGCUAAUACCUCCGGGGAAACUUGAGCUGGACAUCCCCGUAUUACUAGUCAACGGUCACGUGCAUUGGCUCAACCUACGCACUCGUGCAAUCGAAUUUCGUCCAAUGGAGAAACUGUGGGAGCCUUCCAGCGAGAACUGGGUAUUGCAAUUCACGAAGGACGGGCAGUCAGUUGCACGGCGGGGCCAAACAACUUUGUUUGACAUUCGGAGUCGCGCGUUUUGCAUGAUAGCAAAUACACUAGGCCCACUCGAAAACUCCCAAUACCUAAUUGUCACUAGCAGCGUGGACGAAGAAGUCAAGGUUGAUCUCCCUCGGUUUGGACUCUCUUUCUUCAUAGACAAAGAUGGAGAAUUGCAUUCGCGGAACCAGAGAGGCAUGGUUGUCGACAAAGAUCAAUCCACUGGUACAAUGCUUGGACUUGUUAACCAGCUCGUUUUACGCCCAAAAGAUCGACAAAUUUACAGCGAUCGUCGUGUCAUCAUCCCCCAGGGAAAUGUGGUAGUAGAGCCCAGCGGUCAUCAUAUCCGGAUCACCAUCCAUGCUGGUCCUAAUCAUGUUCGCCGUCCCUACCACUGUUACACCGUUGACACAGAAUUAUGCCGCCUGACGGGAAAUGUUGGUCUCACGAAUAAACUGUACAAGGCGUACUUGCACGCCGUGUGCAGUGCCCAUGUUCCAGAUCCGUUGACUCGACGUACCGGUUUGGAAGAAGCCAUGUGUUUGCUGCAAUCCGCCGCAUGUUUUUCCUUCAUGAAGCUGGACUCAUUCGACUGCGAGCUUCUAGCUCGGAUAGGUUCCUUGACUGUUGAUCGGACAUGGUUCAGCAGAAGGUCACAGGAGGUCCACUGGCAAUGUGGUUUAUCAUCUUAUGUCCAAAGUUGCGCAUUCUAUCAUGCUGUCAGGGACAUAGUCCAAUAUGCACAGAAGCUGCAGGUGCUCAGCGAAACACCAGUUCUAGUUUGUCCAGAUUUUCCAACACGCAAUGAGUCCCUCCUGGAACGCGCCUCUCAGCGGUCCACUUUCCUUUACUCUCACGAUCCAGUCAAUUCCUUCUAUCCCAGAAAAUCGUCGAGCAGUGAAUAUACUUCCAGAGAUGUUUACUGCUGCUCAAUCGACGAUCAAAACGCGUUUGAUUGUGCACGCAUGGUGUGCGACUGGAGCGUCACGCUUGAACCUUGCCAGGCGCUCUACGAUGUCUUCGUUCAGUGGGGUGAAGUUUCUGGGGACACUCGCAAUGUAUCCCUUCGAUAUGAUCGAGAGUGGUUGAAGCCUGAUUUGGCUACGAGAUGGAUGUCUGUCUACGAACUUUGCUGCGACGCAGACCAGGAGACUCACACAUUUCAACUCGCUUUCACGUUACCAGCCAUGGCUUACUCCUCCCCGGAAAAUGUGGGACUUGCUGCAACCAUGUUUGCGUUUGCGGCUAAUCCAGAGUUCCGUGCAAUCUGCUCCCCCAGAUAUGAUAUAUACGAUCUUUCUUUUGGGAUCAUACCCCUUGAACAGGAUCUCUGCCACCACAUCUCUUCUCAUACUACCUUCCACAGAAGUCCCGAGGCGUCGUGGUCUAGUCACGACAACGAGUCAUCCCACGACUUUAAUGAUCGGCGGCAAAGGCACUUCCAAUCCGAGUGUCUACGUGAACAGAAAGCGGCGGUUGGUGUCCUUCUUGAUUGUUGGCCUCGCGAUUCCAUCCCUGCACAUGCUUUGCAGUGUUUAAGUGGCUCCCGAUACGACAAGCUCGCCCUUUGCGCUGCCCUUGAAAAGCAAUACUCGAACUGCUAUCGCAACCGGUGUCUGAAGGUAUAUCUGGAUCGUGUGCAGAAUGUGCUUGAUGAAGCGAGGCAGACACUCAUGCCCACCAUCAAGCAAUCAUACGCAUUCACCACGAGCAAUUCAGAUGUUAUAUCAGUCACCACCACCGUUCUUACCCAAGACCUGUUCAGAAAGCCUCCGCCAGUCAUCAAAUUACUUCCUGACCCUCUCAAGCGAAGUAACACUUUACUAAGCGACAGAUCCCUUGGCGGCGGGCUUGAUUCAUCUCUAUUGGAGGAUGUUAUAUCGAAGUUCUCGCGAUGUCGAUCGGACCUAUUCAGUGUCCACUAUGCUGAACAUCUAGAAGACAGUAGAAUCGACCUAGAGAACGAACAAUCACCCAUUGUGCCAGACCCAACCCGCUGGACAGUUGACAUGUUGCAACAUCAUCAUAUGUGGUGCAAUAGGCUCUAUAAUAACGCCUUUCGCAGAUUGGAAGAGCAUCUAGCUCCCGUGGGUUUGGCGGAGGAAAGUUUAUUCAAUUCUGGGCAAUGGCCGCGCAUUACCGUCACAUUUCUUCUUGGUCUUCUCGCCUCCACGUCAAAAACGCCUCUCUGUGACCCGUGGAAAGCCCCUUUGACCGGUUUCGUCCAUAUUCUUCUUCGACUACAAAGAUCGCAACGACUUCUGAAGUUGAAGUUGGCGACUGGUGGGGACAAUGGGGAGUUUCUAAAGGAGCUGGUGAAUGACGGUCACAUCGGACUGGAUGGUACACAGAAAUAUCUGGACUGGCUUCUAAUUCAGGCAGAGAACCGAUUUCUUAUCCGUCCCAUGCAAGCCAACGUUGCAAUGGAGAUGAUUUCCCCAAGCUCUGGCGACAAUACCACACUGCAGCUUCAUAUGGGGGAAGGAAAAUCAUCCGUGAUCGUACCUGUCUGUUGUGCUGCACUGGCAGAUCGCAGCAAUUUGGUGCGGGUCGUCGUGCUAAAGCCUUUGGUCGUUCAGAUGUUUCAGUUGCUUGUGGAACGGAUCGGCGGCCUUACCAACAGGCGAAUUUUCUACCUGCCAUUCUCGCGUUCAUUGCCCAUUACUUCUGAUCAUGCAAACAUCAUCCAAUCGCUCUUCGAAGAGUGCAAAGCUGUUGGCGGUAUCCUCGUUGCUCAACCAGACCAUAUCCUCUCUUUUAAGUUGAUGACCGUGGAGCAACAGCUUCCGCCCACAAAUGCGGUCGGACAAUCCUCAGCAGAGCUGGCCACGCCCUUGCUGAAUACUCAGCGGUGGCUUGAUAUGCACACUCGUGACAUACUGGACGAGAGUGAUGAACUGCUGCAUGUCCGCUUCCAACUUGUCUACACCAUGGGCGACCAACAGCACUUGGAAGGUUAUCCUGAUCGAUGGACCACAACACAACAGGUGAUGACCCUUGUGGCAAAGCAUGCUCGCCUCCUUCACCAAGAAUUUCCUCUUGGAGUAGAGUUCCAGCCAGGCGCUACUAUCGGAACCUUCCCACUCAGAGUCUUGGACGUUCGCGCAGGAGAAAGACUGGUCGAGCUAGUUUGUGACGACAUUCUUGCCGGUAACCUUCCAAAUUUCGCAUUCGGACAUGUUCCACCUCGUAUGAUAAAUUCCAUCCGCAAGCAUCUUACCCUCUCGACUAUUGACCCGCAGCUCCUUCGCGAUGUCCGGAAUUAUUGCGCUGGGUCCAGUCUGUGGAAUGGACUACUGCUCAUUCGAGGACUCCUCGCACACGGCAUACUGAUCUACACGCUGAAGGAUCGGCGUUGGCGCGUAGAUUACGGUCUGGAUCCUCAGCGUACAAUGCUCGCCGUGCCUUACCGUGCUAAGGAUGUUCCCUCACCUCGGGCAGAAUUUGGGCAUCCAGACAUCGCAGUCGCACUCACAUGCCUUUCGUACUACUACGGAGGCCUCACUGAGAAACAGGUGGCCCUCUGCUUCCGCCAGCUACUCAAGCAAGGCAAUCCUGCAUUGGAAUAUGAGACGUGGAUCAAGGGGUUGUCUUCAGAUUCACUUCCAGACAAUCUGCGACGCCUCAGUGGAAUCAAUAUGGAGUCUACUGAACAGUUCACUGAUUGUUUGGUACCUCUCUUCGGGCGCAACAAGGCCGUCGUAGACUUCUUCUUGGCUCAGUUCGUCCUUCCAAAGGAAGCCAAGGAGUUUCCACACAAGUUAUCUUGCUCUGCCUGGGAUCUUGCAGAGCGAAAGUCUUCCGGAUUGCCUACCACGGGCUUCAGUGGAACAAAUGACUUCCGCUACUUGCUACCCGCCACCAUAACGCAGCAUCCACUAGACCACCAGCGCGGUACGAACGCCAGAGUCCUCGGUCACCUUUUGCAGCAAGAGAAUGAUCAUUAUGAUUCACUUGCUGCCGGCGGAAGCGCUGGAAAGCUCCUCAAUGUCAUCGCGAAGCAGUCGCCUGAAAUACGCGUCUUGCUCGACGUGGGUGCACAAGUCCUUGACUUACAGAAUGACGAGGUGGCGAAGAUGUGGCUGGACAUCAAUCAAGAUGCUCAAGCGGCAAUUUAUUUCAGCGAGCACGAUGAGCUUGUGGUGCGCACUCGAGAUCAUGUUAUAGAACCAUUUUCCGCAUCUUCCUUUGCUCAGCAAGUGGACCAGUGUGUAUUGUAUUUGGACGAUGAACACACCAGAGGAACGGACGUGAAGUUGCCUCGGGGAUUCCGCGCAGCUGUCACAUUAGGGCCGAAGGUCACCAAGGAUCGCCUUGUCCAAGGUUGCAUGCGUAUGAGAAAACUCGGCCACGGCCACUCAGUCAUGUUUUUCGCACCUCCAGAAAUAGAUCGCAGCAUCCGAGCGGUGAACAACAAGCACGAUGAAGACAUUGACAUUCAUGUAUCAGAUAUCCUCGUGUGGGCGAUGACUGAAACGUGCUCGGACAUCCAACAUCGUGCUUCACAAUGGCUUCAGCAUGGUGUAGAUUACCAGUCUCGCCACAGUGCAUGGUCGUCGUUCUUAUCCGGCGAUAUUACACCCACCGAACUUACCCGUUCGUGGCUACAGCCAGAGGCCAAGCACUUGGAAGAGCUAUACGCUCCAGCUCUGACUAAUACAUCUGCUUCACACACAUCGCUAGACGAAGACCUUCUGGAGAGAUGCAACAGCCUCGGACUAGGCAUUUUGUCUGACAACCGCCUGGACGAAGAGCAAGAGAGAGAAGUAGUACAUGAGAUUGAGCGCGAGAGCGAGGUGGAGAGACCACCACCGGUGUUGGCUGCUACCCAUGGCAUUGACGAGGACGUCCGGUACUUCAUCCAAACAGGCACCAUUCCGGAUGGAUCUUGUGCGUUCACUGCCGUUUUCGACACCCUCACCACCACUUCAGCUGCUUUCUUCGGGCGCCAGCCAUGGUCACAGGACGUGUUUGCCUCGAGGGAUUUCGCUACAACCGUUCUGACCGAAGAAAAAACGGACAGCUACAUACGCCCAGUUAACUGGAUUCUUUCAAGUACAGCAUCCGGCACGCAGGUGCUAGUCGUUGUCAGCCCCUUCGAGGUUAACGUUUUGUUACCUGACAUUCAAGCAAGUAAGCAAGUUCACUUGCACGCUUAUACACCUCGCGUCAUCAAGAUGAUGAAGUCGUGCGACGACUUGCGCCUUUACAUCACCCCAUCAAUUUCCCCACGAUGGACGCCAGAUGACACCCUCAUCCGCCAGCUCAACGUCUUUGCUGGACAACUAUACUUUCCUCACCAGUCCGCAUACGUGAAAUUAUGUCGCCUCUUAGGGAUUUAUACUGCAAAUCUCAGAUAUCAGGGUAUCUUUGAGAUUCAAAGUGAUGGAUUCAUCAAACCGGAGCAUCGGCCUCGCACUGCGGAUUCCCUUAACACCUUCCAACAAUCGCCUAUCCCCAUGUUGAAAGCGCUUUUCGGUAUCCGUCGCAAGGGAAUGGGGUACUUGCCUACGCACAUCGGAAAGCUAUUGGAUGCUCGAUGUUUGACGAGCGAGGACUUCCAAGAGAUGGCUUGA